UCUCCUUUUUACGAUCUUCGGUCCGUUGAUUUUCUUUUUUUUGAUGAAACGAUUAAUAAAAAAAAUCCCUUUCAAAUCACAAUUUUGAUUGUCAAAGUCAGGUUUUUAAUGGGUGUCCAUGUUGAUAACUUGAUUAUAAUAUGGAAUCAAAGAUUGGGUUACUAGAUUUUGAUUCGAAUUUGAUAUGGGUUUGGAAAGAUUCAGCCGUUGAAGUUUUUUAACUGGAAAUUAGCAUUUGAGACGUUCAGAAGGUUAAGAAGGUCUUGAGUGAUGGCAUUGCAAGAGAAGUUAGAUAGAUUUAAUAAGCAGCAGGAGAAGUGUCAGUCGAUGCUCUCCAACAUUGCCGCAAAAUCGGCAUCUUCUAGGGUCACCACAACUCCAAAACCUUCACCUGUGGCUGCCUCCCCCUAUCCCAGUUCAAGACCCUCUGCAUCUGCUCCCGUCAAAUUCUCAAAUGAUACCGAGAGGCUUCAGCACAUUAACAGCAUUCGGAAAGCUCCUGUUGGAGCUCAGAUGAAGCGUGUCAUUGACCUUCUUUAUCAGAAAAGGGAGGCUUACACACCAGAGCAGAUCAAUGAAGCAUGUUAUGUUGAUGUGAAUGGAAACAAAGACGUCUUUGAGGGCUUGAGGAAAAACCCAAAAGUGAAGUAUGAUGGGAAGCGCUUCUCUUACAAGGCCAAGCAUGAUGUAAAAAACAAGAAUGAACUUCUUGUUUUGAUUCGGAAAUUUAUAGAAGGCAUUGCUGUUAUUGAUCUCAAGGAUGCAUACCCAAAUGUGAUGGAGGACUUGCAGGCUCUAAAAGCUGCCGGUCAUAUUUGGCUGCUAUCAAAUUUUGACUCACAGGAGGACAUUGCCUUCCCGAAUGAUCCCAGGGUACCUAUUAAGGUGGAUGACGACCUUAAAGAGUUAUUUCGGUCUAUUGAAUUGCCACGAGACAUGCUUGACAUUGAGAAAGAUCUCCAGAAGAAUGGAAUGAAACCUGCUACCAACACAGCAAAAAGGAGGGCUGCUGCACAAGUGCAGGGCAUUUCCUCCAAGCCCAAGCCCAGGCAGAAACACAAGGAGUUCUCCAAGAAGGCAAAGCUAACAAAUGCACAUCUUCCAGAACUUUUCCAGAGUCUCAAAAAUUCUUGAAGCCAGACAUAGAUUUACUAUGGGGUCAGUGGAGCAGCUGGAUUAUUUACUUUUUUUAAUGGUGAACAAUGGAUUAAUGGUUAAACAAAUAUAAUAUAUCUGUGCUAUAUAAACUCCCACUCUCCAACAAUCACCGAGAAUGCUAUGCUACUCUAGACUUCCAAAAUCCGACUAAAUUGAAAUGAGGGCUAUCGAUGUAGAUCAAACUAGCAAUUCUUGUUUCUUGUAUCUAGCAACACAAUUGAUCCAAUUGUUACUCUUGUAAUAAUAAUAACAGUAAUUACAUUUUCUUAA